AUUUCAAUUCUGAAAUGUGAAGCAAACGAUUAAAUUGUAUACAUACAUAGUCACAUACACACACACACACACAGCUUAGCAAUGACAACAACGGGCAAACCAGUGAUUAUCGUUGGGGUUGACGACAGCGAGCAGAGUUUUUACACACUAGAAUGGAUAUUAGAUCACUUCAUAGUACCAUCUGCUCCAAACCCUCGUUUUGAACUUCUAAUCGUUCACUCCAAACCUAUUCCUACUUCUACUAUGGGCUUUGCUGCUCCUAGUGUGGAUAUAUUAUCACAUGUGGAUGUGGAUUUGAAGAACAUUGCUAAUAGAGUUGUGGAAAAGGCUAAGGAGCUUUGCAUCUCUAAAUCGGUGAAUGAUGCAACCAUAGAGACUGUGGAGGGUGAUCCCAGGAAUGUUUUAUGUGAUGCUGUUGACAGGCACCAUGCAACCAUACUAGCUGUUGGAAGCCAUGGACAUGGAGCUAUUAAAAGGGCGGUUUUGGGAAGUGUAAGCGACUAUGUUACCCAUCAUGCUCACUGCACUGUGAUGAUAGUGAAGAAGCCGAAAGCCAAACAUGAAGGCGCCCAUAAUUAGGAUUUCCAAGAUCUCGCCGUUCCCAUGGCAGUUGUUUUCAAUGUUGACACUAUACUAUGCUUGUUCAAUUUCACAUGUUUGUAACUUCCUAAACUGGUUCUCAUUCUUGCAAAUUUUACUUUGAGUUCAUUAUUAUAAAUAAUAUUUUCGACAUGUAAUUCAACAUGCCUUGAGAA